UUCAGUAGCUGAAGCUGCAACAACCAAUGCAAUCCGAUGCAACUCAUCCAUCCAUCUGCACGUGCACACGAUCGUCACUUUUUGAGAUUUUCCUCACACCUUCUUUAUAUACUCCCUUCCGUCCGUUUACCAUUAAGAGAUCAAUUUAUUGCAAGCAAAUAGAAGUUGGAUGUUCUAAAGAAUCGAUGCAUUGGGGAAACUGAGACCCAUGGCAAAGUGGUUUAGAGAUCACCUGAGUUUUGGCAGCAGGAAAGGACCGCCGCAGCCACCGAAACCGGACUACACCGAAAGCGAGAUCCUACGGGCCUACAGGGCUCAGAAAGAGCUGGACUUUGAGGACCCCUACGAACCCUCUGAGAACCGGUUGGUGAACGGCUCAGGGUCUUUGGAAGUGUUUCCCGCAUUUGGUACUGUGCUGUCCAACGGCGUGGAAGUGAAGAUUGUGUCUCCCAAACACAGACUGAUAAAAGUGGAAUCUCAGGAAUUCGGGCGUAGCAAAAUACCGCUGAACAUUGUGACAUUUGAGGAACCGCAGGCCCCUGUGGUUCCCUCAGCUCCUGUGGUCGGGGAGACCGAUUACUCAGACCCGUUUGACGCUAGACCAGACCCGCGACCCAGGCCCGGCUGGGAGCAGAACGCUGUAGAAGCCUGCAGCAGUUACAUGGAGCCGUUUGAGGCCCAGCGAUUCAUAAGCGAGCUCCAGCACAGCACCGAUCGGGGGAGGAGCAGCCCACAGCUCUACGACAGUCCGUAUGAGGAGAGGGUUCGGCCCCGGACGGCCCCUGCAGAGGACGAGAGAGAGAGCCGUCUGCCCCAGGAUGACGAGAGGCCCGCGGAUGAGUACGACCAGCCCUGGGAGUGGAAGAAAGAGAACAUUUCAAAAGCCUUCGCUGUGACGUUUGAAGCGGGAGACUGGGAUCAGUGUACGCUGCCCCGUGACGAGCCGCUGAGGAAGGCAGGAGCGUCCAGGAUCAGCCCUCCUCCCUCCAGCGGAGCAACCAGCCUGCGCAAGCCCAGCAACCCCCACAGCAUCCUGGGUGAGAGGGUGGACCCCACGCUGCCCCUGGAGAAACAGGUGUGGUAUCAUGGUGCAUUGACACGCUCAGAAGCUGAAUCUCUGCUCACGCUCUGUAAGGAGUGCAGUUACCUGGUGAGGAAAAGCCAGACCAUCCGAAACGACUAUUCGCUGUCUCUCAGGAGCUGUCACGGGUUCAUGCACAUGAAGUUCUCGCAGUCUCGUGAUGGGAAGUUCAUCCUGGGAGAGAACAGUCCUCCGUUUGACUCCAUCCCUGAAGUCAUUCAUUACUACACCACAAACAAACUGCCCAUCCGCGGAGCCGAACACCUGUCUCUGCUCUUCCCGGUGCUGGUGCAGACACUCUGAGGCCACACACACUCAUCACGCGCUCACACACACUCAGGGCUUAACUCGGACGGCUACUAGUGCUUCAUUUUCAAUCGCAUAUUGAAGGCUCGAGCAGAUCUUUGCGAGUUUGAUUUGUGUUUGGAGUGCGCGUUUGAUUUUGCCGGAGCGUGAUCGAAUCCAACCCUGGUGCGAAUGAAAACACAGUGGGCUUGUAAUGACACUGUAUUGAUGUGUGAAGAAUAUUCUCACUGGACUCUAAUGUGUCUUUGCAUCACUGUGGGAACUGCAAUAUUAUUCUUUUUCUGCUCCAAACUCUUCAAAUGAUAGAUUUAAGAUUUGAGGAUAAAAUGUAAACCGACCAAAGUAUUUAUAAAGAUUUACAGUACUAAAAAAAGCAAUGAUGUACAGUACAAAUCUCAUCCUCUGUAGAAUUUCUUGUUUUCAAAAGUUAAAUAAUUCACCCAAAAUGAUGACAGAAUUGUCAUUUACUCAUCCUCAUGUCGUUCCAAACCUGUAUGACUGUACAACACAAAAGGAGAUAUUUUGAAUGCUGUUUAAGCUGCCCUUUUCCGUGCAACAAAAUUGAAUGAUGGCCAUGGCUCUUAAGCUCUAAAAAGUACAAAAUCAUCAUAAAUGUAGUCCAUAUGACUUGUGCACAAUAUUUCAAGUCUUUUAAAGCCAUAAAAAAAGCUUUGUGUGAGGAAAAUAAUACAUUUUUAGUUGUUUUUCAUAAAUGUUUUGACACAACUCUCAAUUGUUUCUCUGCAUAUUUAAAGGAUUAGUUCACUUCAGAAUUAAAAUUUCCUGAAUUUACUCACCCCCAUGUCAUCCAAGAUGUUUGUCUUUCUUUGUUCAGUCGAAGAACAUCUUAGAACAUCUUUGUAAACACUUGCUUGGUACUUCCUACGUCACACGUGACCUUUCCAACUUGAUUAUGUCACGCGUGGCACAUCGCAUCGCAUCGCAUCGCAUCGCAGUGCAAGAUGAGCAUUUGUGGUUAAAAAGUAUAUGAUUUUUAUUUUUUUUAGAAAAUGGCCGAUCGUUUCUCUAGAUAAGACCCUUAUUCCUUGUCUGGGACCAUGUAGAGCUCUUUGAAGCUGCACUGAAACUGACAUUUGGACCUUCAACCUGUUCAACUGUUGAAGUCUACUAUAUGGAGAAAAAUCCUGGAAUGUUUUCCUCAAAAACCUAAAAGACAUAAACAGCUUGGAUGACAUGAGGGUGAGUAAAUUAUCAGGGAAUUUUAAUUCUGAAGUGAACUAAUCCUUUAAACUAGGGCAGAGGAAAUACAAAUAUCAAAUUCCAUUUUGAACCUUUGAUAAAAAGUCAAAAUUGACAUACAAAGUCAUAAUUAUGAGAUAAGCUUAAAGUGUGACAAAAAUUUAAAAUAAAAAGUCAAUUCUGAUAAGUCAGUUUUUUUGUCAGUUAAGCCUUAUGUCAUAAUUUACACUUUUUUACCUCAUAGUUGACUUGUGUAAAUUGACUUUUUAUGUCAUAGUUAUUAUUAACACCACAAUUUUAGCUGUUAUAUGUACAUUUUUCAGUAUGUUGCUGCUUCUCAUUUGUGUUUCUACAUAUUCAAACUAGGGCAGAGGGAAAGAUACAAAUAAUAACUUCAGUUUUGACCUGUUGAUAAAAAGUUGAAAGUUUGACAAAAAGUCGGAAUUGAAUCAUAGACAAAUUUGUGUGUUCUGAAUGAAUUUAGAUUUGUGAUAUUUGAAAUACAAAGUCAUAAUUAUGAGAUAAAAAGUUGAAAGUAUGACAAAGUCGGAAUUAAAUCAUCACUGACAAAUUUGAAACUGACAAUCCAAAUUAUGAAACCAAUAAAAAGUUAAAAAAUGACAAAUAAAAAUUACAAAUAACUUAAA